AGACAUCAGUGUGAAAUUCAUUUACCGAGUACUUCAGGUGAAUGCACGAGCUUUCAUUAUGACAUGUGUAUCAGCACUGAGUUAAUAUUAAUCGUGGUUUAAAGAAAAAAGCUAACCGCAAACUUUGCCGAAGUCUGUCAACUCGGGUAAAUUCUUCUGCGUAAUUGGUUUGAUGAGCCAAAGAUGUGUCUGUUUACUGCGACCAGUUCGAUAUGUACAUUUCUGGUAGCUUAAUGCAGUUCUUGUGCGUCCAAACCUUUUUUUAUUUAAUUUAAAGGGCUUUUACUACUGCACUCGUUUUCCUGAAAUCAAUUGACACCGAACUAUGGCUACGCGCAUACGACCGAGUAGUAAACGAUGUGCAGUCAUUGGUGGUUCAGGGUUCCUUGGGAGAUACCUGGUGGAGCAGCUCGUUGAUCGGGGUUAUAGUGUCUCAGUGUUUGAUAUUCGUCAGGGUUAUGAACUCCCUGGAGUCACCUUCCACCUUGGGGAUCUGUGUGACAAACAAGCUUUGCUUGCAGCUCUGGAUGGUGUGUCCCUGGUGUUUCACUGUGCCUCACCUGCUCCUUCCUGUGAUGACCGCGCCCUUUUCCAACGUGUCAAUGUUGAUGGGACAAGAAUCGUGCUGCAAACCUGUCAGGAAGCAGGGGUCCAGAAAGUGAUCCUGACCAGCAGUGCCAGUGUGGUGUAUGAAGGCACUGACAUCAAGGAUGGCAAGGAGGAUUUGCCCUAUGCCAAGAAGCCUAUUGAUUAUUACACCGAGACCAAGAUCCAGCAGGAGAAGCUGGUCCUGGAGGCCUGCGACACUCAGAAGGGUUUCCUCACUGUUGCCAUUCGUCCCCAUGGGAUCUUUGGCCCUCGGGACCCCCAGCUUGUCCCAAUCCUGGUGGACACGGCCCGUCGAGGGAAGAUGAAGUUCAUCAUUGGUGAUGGAUCUAACCUGGUGGACUUCACCUUUGUUGAGAAUGUUGCUCAUGGACACAUCCUGGCUGCUGAGUGCCUGCGGCCAGAAUCCCCCAUUUGUGGCAAGGUGUAUCACAUCACCAAUGAUGAGCCUGUGCGCUUCUGGGACUUCAUGUCCCAGAUAUUGGUGGGGCUGGGGUACGACGCCCCCAGAUACCACCUACCCUACCGGCUUGUGUAUGUGCUGGCCAUGCUACUCUGGCUGCUGGUUCUUUUCCUUCGUCCCAUUCUACAGCUCCGACCCACCUUCACCCCCAUGCGUGUGGCCCUUGCUGGCACACACCACUAUUACAGCUGCACCCGUGCCAAACAGGACCUAGGCUACCGUCCUCUGGUCAGUCUAAAGGAUGCCAUCACCCGCACUGUGAACAGCUACACUCACCUCCGCAGGGUGGCCUGACCAGAGCUUUCUCCAUCUACACCAUGAUGUGUGUGUGUGUGUGUAUGUGUGUGUGUGUGAGUAUGUUUGUAGCGUGGAUUGAUAGGUUGAUUGAAGGAAUCUGGAAUAAACUACUGAUUAUGAGAAUGCAUUUGUCUUUUCCAUGAGUCCUAUCAGCUUUGGAUGCUCACAACUAUGCUUAGGGGUGUAACAAUUCAUCAGUUUGAACUUUUAAAUGAUUUUGUACAUUUUCUUUUAAUUACUAUGCCUUGGGUUUGGCCCAAAUCAAUAAUCCAAUAUUAAUUCUGACACCCAUUAAUUGCACUAAAAUAUCUUUAAGACAUUUUGAAAGUUAGCUAAAAGUCAGCAAAUAAUAAUGCAAAAUUUCAUAAGUGAACUUUUUUCCUUUAGAUUUCAUAGCGCAAUUCAUCUAUAAAGAACAGCACAGUUUAGCGUACCUUUCUCUGCCAGAUUUUGUAUGUUGGUAAUGGUGAUCUUACUUGUUCAGAAGUCCUGAAAGAUCUCAUCUCUGGUCACUUCCUUCUCGAAAAGGGAAAUGAUUUCUGAUUUCCUCUCAAAAGUGAGCACAAUCUUUUCACCAAAAUUUUCUGUGCACCGUGUUCUCAUUUGAACACACCCUGUUUAGUUUGCAAAAGGCAACAUUAAUAAAUAUUGCAGUUGUCUCCUUCAGUCUGGUAUGUCAGAUUUUUAUAUUAUAUUUGCUUUUGUGAUGUGGAAUCUUUUAUUUUAAUAUAUCUUUUGAUAAUGAUAAUGCUAAUAAAAUAUUAGGAAAAAUU